AUGGCAUCCUAUUUUAACUUCGACGAUUGGCAACCGUGGAGCUCUGGCUAUGUAUAUAGGGAGUUAGGGACCAUUGGUUGGAAAGUCAGAUUGUUUCAGAAAUCCUCAGUUUUGGGGCUGACAGAAUUGGCAUUGUACGGCAACAAAAAGUCAAUAAAUACUGCAACGACCUUGCAAGACAAGCAAAUCUGCUGGUGCAACACUCUUCUUGAAUCAGAGAAUAGGCUUUGCAAUAUUCGUCCAGAAUGGUAUCCUGAUCAUGAGGAACAAAGGAAAGCAAGAGUAGGUAACUUGGCAAGAACAAAGAAGGUGAGUGCUAAUUUUUUGUUCCUAACCACAAAUCACAAAGAAGGUGGCUCUCAUCAUCAUGAGCAAAGUAGCCUUUCUUUGCUUGUUUUCUUGGAUGAUCCAAGAGAGAAGUGA